UCAGGAUCGAUAUCUCGUAUUUUUCCUCUGCGUGGAACAGAGUCUGACGAUAUGGAUGCAGUAUGGCUUCGAUACUCUGGCAUGCUUCUGGGAAUAGUCUGGUUUCUCCCGCUUUUAUCGUGUUCUUGCUACUUUGCCCUCGCAGCAGUACAGAAUGCGAUCAAAAGUUCAUAAGCACAAAGGGCGGUCCACCGAAUGGAACCUUCCACGCCCCAAUGUUGAUUAACCCCGAGAGGGAUUCCCGACAAUGCGUGUACACGUUUUUCGCUGGACAAGGACAACGAGUCGAAUUGGUUUUCACUUCGUUUGGGCUACGUGGGACACCGCCGGGUGGAGCUGCUGUUGGAGAGUUACCCACUUGUCUUCAUGAAUAUAUGGACUUGUACGCGGAAAUACGAUCAGAGAACACGACCAAGUUGGUGGAAACGCCUUUCGGUGGACGUUUCUGCGGUCCGAUUCCACCUCGCAGGCGCGUCUCUCUUUACCAGGGAAUCGCCCUUAGUUUCUUCACCGAUAAAAAUAUCACGUUCCCCAGCCUCUUCAGCGGUACUUACGCGUUUAUCAAUGCAUCUGAAUUCGAGGUCGGAACGCCAGCCCCUAGCACACCAUGUUCUUUCACGGUAAACUCCGAGCACAAACGUAACGGUAAUAUAUUAUCACCUACGUAUCCGGGCACAUAUCCAAAGGGUCUUACGUGUAGCUAUCAAUUUACUGGAAAAGCCGGGCAACGAGUGCGCCUGGAGUUUCGAGACUUUGAUCUGUUCUUCGGGGGUCAACACUGUCCUUUGGAUUACGUAAAAGUGUACGACGGUUCAAAUAAUACCGCGGCCGUUAUAGGAACGUAUUGUGGUCAACAACGAAAUUUGGUAUUAUACUCGUCAGAGUCGAGCUUGUACGUGCUGUUUGUUACGCUUCAACGUACAGCGAACACGCAAAAUCGAGGAUUCAAGGGUAUCUUUGAGUUUUCCGAGAGUUUCGUUCAAUUAGGCUUCAUAACCACUUACAAGGGUGAGCAUAUACGAGGAUCGGAAUGCGAUCAGAAGAUCUUAAGUAAAAAGGAGUCUUCCGGAUUCGUAGUUAGCCCCAACUAUCCAUAUCCGUACAUACCCAAGGUGGUGUGCCGAUACUUCAUCUAUGGAAUGCAGGACUCGCAACAUCUCGAGCGCGUUCGAUUGGAGUUCACAUUCUUCAAGAUACCGAAAAAUAAGACGAUAGGCGACUCCUCCUGUACCGAUGGAUACCUCAAGUUGUACUUGAAGGGACAAGAAGCAACGGAUUCUUACGAUAAAUUCGAUCACGAAUUGUGCGGUGCGACGAGCAAUCCGAGCCAUGUAGUUAGCGAUGGGCCGAGACUCGUGAUGGUGUUUAGCAGUGGAGAAUCUCAAGGGCAAGGGUUUAAAGCACGGUACAGUUUUGAAACGGAAUACAAAAUACCUGGUACCGCGGCACCCGAUGGUAGCUGCACCUUUACAUACCGCAGUUCCUCUCGCAAAAGGGGAGACUUUAAUUCUCCGCGACAUCCUAGUAACUAUCCGAGCGACACAAAUUGCACUUAUCUUUUCUUAGUGACUCCGGACGAACAAGUUACCUUAAUAUUCGAUUACUUUAAAGUACGCACGAAGAAUACGAACGUGACAGGCGGCCAUUACGGACUUGAUAUUUGUCAAGACGAUUGGUUGGAGAUAUACAACAUGUACCAAGACAAUACGGAGAAGUUGAUAGGUAGAUAUUGCGGCAGUACAUCCCCCGGUCCCGUCGAAUCGAAUCUCAGUGCGCUCGGUUUAAGGGUAAUUCUACAUUCCGACUCGGAGCUGGUUUAUAGCGGCUUUAAAGCGCGUUACACCUUCGAAGUGGCGAAAUCCAUCUUUGGAGAUUGCGGAUCAAAUAUAAGCAGCGAGAAUUACGGAAUCAUCGCCAGUCCAAAUUACCCGGAUAAAUACGACGGACCCGCGAGGAAUCUUGCUAGUAAAACAUGCAAUUGGUUCAUACAAGUCCAACCGAAUCGACGAAUAUUGUUAAAUUUCGAGCUGUUUUCGGUAGAGGGUGAUCAAUCAGUUCGUGGAUGUCCAGCUGCGGUGCUACGCAUGUGGUAUUCCGUGUCGUCUACGCCUAUCGAAUUGUGCGGCGUUAAAACGCCGAACGUUGAAUGGACCUACCUUUCCGAGGAUCAUAAUAUGCGUCUUAGUUUCAUAUUGGCCGACAAAGCCGUAGGACAACAAGGAUUCAAAGCAACGUGGACCGAAGUAAGCACAAAUAUCGACUGCCAGAAUGAAUUUUUCUGCGGCAAAAGUAAAUACUGCAUUGCAGAGUCGCUUCGGUGUAAUAACUUUUAUAAUUGUGGCCCGGCCGACACUUCGGACGAAGAAAACUGUGAUACAGUUGUGCAGACGGAUAAUUACGCCGUUCCAGCGGUUUAUGCUAUCGGUGCAGUGUUGGUUACAUUGAUCGUAUGUCUGUUCUGUCAUUGGAAGCUAAAGAGACGAGUUCAAACGGUGGGUCUGGACGACCUACGCCAACGUAUAGACGACAGACAUCGAUGUUAUCACAAUGAAAAUCUUCUUCAAUACCACCACUAUCAUCAGCAUCAACAUCAACAUCAGCAUCAGCGUCAGCGUCAUAAACAACAGCAACAGGAACAUUAUGAAGAUUCUACGAAGGAUUCGAGAUACAAUUUAGAAUCAUCCACGAGUCCGGUGAGCGAAAGCGAUGUCGAGGAAGCUAGCAGCCUCAACAGUGUGUGA